ACCGAAAGCUGUUCGUGGGCAUGCUCAGCAAGCAACAGACUGAAGAGGAUGUCAGACAGUUGUUCGCGCCCUUUGGAACUAUAGAAGAGUGCACCAUUCUCAGAGGACCUGACGGAGCAAGUAAAGAAGGAUCAUGCUGCCUUCUUCAGGAAUAUGAGUUUCUGUUGUGCUUUCGUGAAAUUCAGUUCGCAUCAGGAAGCACAGGCUGCCAUUAAUAGCUUGCACGGGAGCCAAACUAUGCCGGGAGCUUCUUCCAGCUUAGUGGUAAAGUUUGCAGAUACUGAAAAGGAACGUCAAUUGAGACGCAUGCAGCAGAUGGCUGGAAAUAUGAGUCUCCUCAACCCUUUCGUGUUCAACCAGUUUGGAGCCUAUGGAGCUUAUGCACAGCAACAAGCAGCUUUAAUGGCAGCAGCGACUGCACAGGGUACAUACAUCAAUCCAAUGGCUGCAUUAGCCACACAAAUUCCACAUGCCACUCUUAACGGAAUGGCUAACUCCGUCGUUCCGCCCACAUCAGAUGUGGGUAUAGGUACAGGUUCUGGACAACCAGUAAAUGGAACCAUCCCUAGCUUGCCUUCACCUACCAUGCCAACUUUCAAUAUAGCUGCACAAACACCUAACGGACAGCCGGGAGGAACCGAAGCUGUAUAUACUAAUGGUAUUCCUCAAACGUAUCCUGCUCAUGCGCUUCAUCUGUCCAUUCCAGCGCAGGGACUGCCUAAUGGUGAGGCUGCGCUUCAACAUGCGGCAUAUCCUGGAAUGCAACCGUAUCCUGGCGUGGCAGCUUAUCCUGCGGUAUACGGCCAGAUCCCGCAGGCAAUUCCUCCACCCAUGUCUGCAGUUGUUCCCACGCAGAGGGAAGGUUGCUCGAUCUCCGGACCCGAAGGUUGUAAUUUAUUUAUCUAUCACCUACCUCAAGAAUUUGGUGAUGCUGAACUAAUGCAAAUGUUUCUUCCUUUUGGAAAUGUGAUCAGCUCAAAAGUAUUCAUCGACCGUGCCACUAACCAAAGCAAAUGUUUCGGGUUUGUAUCAUUUGACAACCCAGCAAGUGCCCAAGCAGCCAUCCAAGCCAUGAACGGCUUUCAAAUUGGAAUGAAGAGACUUAAAGUGCAACUAAAAAGGCCCAAGGACGCAAACCGACCAUACUAACCUUGGCUUUCAGAGCCCGGCAAGCAAUUUAGCUGCACCCAUCAGCCAUUUAGUAUACUAGUCAUAGCCACAUUUUAUUACUAAGAUAAGGUUUCCUUUUUUGAACUUGCCUGGAAUAUUGCUAUUUUAGGCAGCAUUGUCCACUUGAUUAUUCGAGAAUUUCCAAAUGGGCUGUGAUUAAAUAACAAAUCAGUGUUUGAUUGUACAGGCCGUUUUGUCUUCUCGUUCGUGAAAUGUACCUAUUACUAUUUUGACAUUUACGCUAAAUUGUAUGUAUUGUGUGUUAAACUGUAAUUGAAUACGAAAUCAUUAGAGUAGGUAAUGCUGCCCUUCGAGUAGAUGCCAAAUUAGUCCAGGCAGAAGUUCACAGUGGUUCUAGUCAAAAGACUUACUCGGAGUCCAAACUCACAGAGAUACGUGAUGUAUAAGUGUCUCUGCUAUAUUUAAGAAAAGCUAUGACAUAUUUAUACAUAAAUUAAUAAUACUUAUACAAAUUAGUAUAAUAUAUUUCUACUAAACUUUAAGUAACAUAAUCGUUACAAACGUACCAAUUAUAAUAUUAAUCUGUACAUUUUAGAUAAUAGCAAUUUAGAAGGUAGACCAGAGAGUGGCGCGAAACCGUACAGGUUAAAACCUAUAUCGAUUUUAGAACAAUGGGUUUGCAGUUUAUGAAUUUUAUCUAAUAUAUAAGUUUAUAUAUCAAAAUGCAAGUUGUCGUUUUUGCCAAAUAGUUGUUGAGAAGUUAGUUGAUGCUUUUGAGGGACGUUAGUCAGUCUCAGACCGGGGAGACAGUAAGCGAGUACUCGGCUGGGCCACUCUAGUCAAAUUAUCCAGCCUUGCGCUGCAUAUUAAUUAAUAUGAUUAGAACUAAUUUAGGUAUAAGAACAUAUAAAUAUAUAUAAAUAUUAAGUAACAUAUAAAAAAUAUAUAUUAUACUAUUUAUUGAAUAUUUAAUAUUCUUAGAUACGUUUUUUUUUGUUGGGCUAAGAUCCAAUUGUGCAAUAUUAACUGAUCGACUGAUACACAAUAGUACUUCGCGUACUUAUUUUGUACCUAUAUUUAUUGUUUUCGACAAAUAUUGCAAGCAAAUAUUUUGCUAAAUACUAUGUAGUGUGUAAUUUAAGGUAAUUAUACCCAUAUAUCGCGACAUAUACUCAUUUUAUAAAUUCGAAAAUUAAAUCUAAUUGUUUUAAUUUCUUUGUGCAGACGAAAAUAUAUUUUCUUAGUCCGAAUUAUGCACACUUAUCUACUAUUUUCCUUUCGUCUCAUAUAACAUUGCGAUGAUUAAAUGGUAAAUUAUUACUUUAUAGCACACACUACAUUUAUAUUCUUCUUUAUUAGUAGUAGCAUUCCACGCUUGCUUGUUACAUUCCUUCAGCGCUGGAAGUAAAUAUAACUAAACGUACUAAAUGCUCGCGGGUGAGCAACAGCUUCCCGAAUUAUGUAGUCUAGUCAUCAUUCAAUUAUAGUAUCCCCAAUCAGUACGAGUGGAUAAUAAUCAAUCUUAAACGCAGCGAAGUGAUUCUAGGAUACAGGGUAUGUUUUUGCAAUUAUUUGUGUAACAUGUUCUCAUCGUGAGAGGGCGUACAUCGUGUUUCUACUAGUAUAAUAAUGUAACCAUGGUCCGCGUCCACAGCGGAUUGCAUCCCUCGCUAUCAUAACCCAUGCUGUAAAUAAAAGUCCACAUGACACACCGUUUUAUAUAAAUGUACGGUUCUUUCUGUGUCAAAAAUGAGAGAAGUACCUGUCAAUAACGUUUAAAGCUGUUUUUAUAUUUUAGAUGCCAAUUCACCGACAUAGGCUUGAUCAUAUUCUUAGUUCUAGAACCAUUUUAUAAAGAUAGGUAUAAUCAUAUUCAAGGUAGGAAUAUAAUGGUAGAAUGGAUCAUUCACAAGAACGUGACAAUUGUUAUAGGUACAGCAAAUUUUGGCUUUGGGUUUCGUUGUGUAAAGAGUUACUUCAAGAGUACUCCAGUGAAGUGAAUAACAUAUCCUGUGUUAUAUCAGUAAAUUCUUAGGUUCUUACAUACAGAUGUGUUAUUUUUGUGGAUCUCUUAAAAGUUCCUAAUUGAAGCCUUUUAUACACUACACAAAUAUAUUUUCGUUAAUUCGCAGAUUUUGACUCAAAUAAGAGAAUGUUUUCCAUGGAAGCUCUAAAAUAAUAUUGUGAUAACAUAUUUUAUAGUAAUGGUAACUAUUUUUAUUACUACCUUGCAAAGUUUUAAUUUUAAUCCAUACAAACAUUCUUUUAUUUUAAGAAAAAAUAAAUUACACCUAGGUAUAGAUAAAUAAUUGGCAUUUAAUUUCUUAAGAACUUCACAGCAUUCUUGAAGGAAACACUAUAUACACAAAUCCAAUUAAACCGCAAGCAUGUCCAUUGCCUUUCUUACAUUACUUUUAAUAAUAAUCUCACAAACAUUAAUGUACUGGGAUCAAGGAGGAUGAAGGCAAGAGAUUUUUGAAGAGAGGUACAUUUCCUAACAAACCACAAAAUAAUAGUUCUCUUCUUCUUAAUUCUCCUUGGUUGGGACCAAUACAACCGUUUAUUAUUUGUAAAAUCUACAAAAUAUGUUUCUAGUCAUACCAGGUGAUUCGAUAAUUUAUUUAUUGUACUAUCUAAGUAUAUAUUUUAGAUUAUAAGGUAUUAAUUUAUUCAAUGAUUUAUUAUCUCUUUGUACUAUACUAUCUAAUGAAUCUACAAAAACUGCUUGUAAUUAUCCGCAAUAUGUACAUUAUUGAGGAUGAAGAUAUUGUGUAGAACUGCAGUACCUUAGCUUAUGCUUCAAUACAGUAUUAAAGCGGUCCGCUGUAGAAAGAUAGGGUUGAUUUUGGGCAUGGUGCGAGUACCCAGUUAUCAUGAGUCACCAUUUAUUAUAUAAGAUAAUCCAAACCAUACUCUGUUGCAUGUCAGUUUAAUUACAUUUUACACAAAUUAUUAUAGAGUAAAAUUAUUAAAAUAUAUAUUAUAUACAUAUAUUAUAUAUAGUAGAUACCUAAUUAAAUUGAAGUAUUUAUAACCCUUUAACAGUUGUAAUACGAUAAUGUAAAAACAUAUGAUUAAAUUAGACAAUGAAUGCGUGUACUUUUAUUAUCCGUACAUAGAAGUAAUCAUAUUAUUUUUACACUGUCAAUUUUGCUGGUCUUUAUAUUUUUUACAACCGGUUGCGUGUUCUCAUCCAACCACUUAAAUAUCGAGACAUUAAGCUGUACAGUUUGUGACUACAUAUUUAAUAUUUACAAUUUAUAAAUAAGAUUUAAUUAGACUUAUGGAAAAGAAACGGCUGAGCAGAAUUGGUGAUGCUCAAUAAAACACAUAAUCUACCUAUUGUAACAAUAAUGUAAUAUUGGGGUUCAAAAAACAAAUUGUCUUGAUUCUAUAUUUAACAUAAUUUAAAAAAAGAAAUAAAUCCAACUCAAAUUUCUAUUAUUCAUGUUACAUGGUUAUUGCCAUAUGUAUUUUUCGCCAUAUAUUGAUUUGGAUUUAUUUUUGACAGUUGAUUUAGCUUUUCAAUUCAUAUAAAACUUUAUAAAACAAUUACAAAUUAAUAAAGUUAACUAUUUAAUGCAUACAGA